AAAUAAAAGUGUUUUUAUGAAUAAAAACUUAAAUCACUGAAGAAAAUAUUUUUGCUUUAACAACGAGAAAGUACACGCAUCCAUAAAAACCAUGACAUACGGCGCAGAAAGGGCGCUUGCCUAUUUGUAUCCACUCGUCAUUGCCUCUUCCGUCAUUUGCUGCAUCACAUCGGGCAUUGCAUGGGCACAUUGGCGUUACGUGUUGAAUGCAUGCCCGGAAUCGAAUUGUGGCUGUAUUCUACAUGGACGUUCGACUUACACCAGCUUUGAAGGUGGCCACAUUGCAUACUGCCACUACGCCACAUAUGGAUUGAUCUUUCCUCUAUUAUUCGCCAUCGUACUGGGCAUUUAUCAUGUAUACCGCAUCUGUAUGGGCACAACAAAACGGAAAACGAGCACCACUACCAUACGGCAUAGAACCGGCGACAAGGUUGUGGUCACAGCAGAAUCAGAAUUAACGCAUAACGGCAUUUCGCCAUAUUACUGGACACCAGCUGCAGUGAUCUCCUGCGUUAUGGCCGCCUACACAUUGAUUUAUGCCGCAAUCUACACUGAUGGCUUCCGUGUUACUUGCAGGCAAUAUAGCGAAGCAUUGGUGAAGGAGAUUCAAGGAGCUGGCAACAUUGUGCCCGUUAUAAAGGGACGCCUCUCAUGUGACGCAAUUUUCGAUUUCAUGGAUUAUUUGGUGGAGAGUAUUUCAUAUGAACGUCGCAAGUAUGGGCGUAUCAACAGUGGCGCUUGUCUUUACAUGACACUCAUUGGCAGUUGGUUGGCUGUAAUUUUUUGGAUCUUGAUAUCGGUAGUGAAUAUUGUGCAAACACGACGCACACGUUCCGCACGAGUUUGAUCAUGCAUACAUACAUAAUUGGAUUAUUAAUUAAAUUGACAAAAAUGAAAUUGCAAUUUGCCAUUUACAUGCUUACAUACAUACAUGUAUACAUACAUAUGUAUGUCAUAUUUAUAAAUAAGAAACGUAAAGCGUCUAUUAACGUGAAUAAUUAGAAAAUAUUAUAUUUUGUAUUCAAAAAUACACGUAUUGUAUUGUACUUCAAUUCCAUCACUUUUAUUGAUAAGAUUCGAAUAAGUUAUCCACACAUUUAAAGCGACAAGCCACAAGCGACAAACGACAACGACAACUAGUUGUAAGGAAAUUUGAAAAGAAAAACAGUUUUUGAGCUAAAAAAAGGCACAAAGUAUUUUUUAAUACAUAUUAAUGUAUUGUAGAUUCUAUGAAAUAAACUCUAAAAAUAUUAAA